AGCACUUGAAUUCUCUCAUUUGUAAUUCAAUUAUAAAUUUAUUAAAAAAAAUAAAAACCGACAUAAAAUUAAAUUAACCAACACAAUAUAAAAAUGUCGAAAGGUGUGAUAUCAUUUGACAUAUCAAAAAAUGAAAGAUUCCAACUGUCAGAGAAUUAUAAAAUGUUACACCGCAAAAUCAAAAUAAAUUGGAAAGUUGAACAAAACGAUGGAGAAGUAACAAAGGAAAAAUUAUCAAGAAUUAAUAUUUUUGUAAUUGCUGGACCACAAGAUAAAUUUACAGAAGAUGAAUUUAUUGUAAUGAAGGAAUUUGUAGAAAACGGUGGAAAGGUCAUGAUACUUUUAGGUGAAGGCGGUGAAAAUGAUUACAACACAAAUGUGAAUUUCUUUUUAGAAGAAUUUGGAAUGUACAUAAACAGUGACACAGUUGUUCGCCCGCAUUAUUACAAAAAUUUCCACCCCAAAGAAUGUAUUAUCGGUGGUGGUGUUGUCUGCGAAUCGAUGUGGCGACAUCUUGUCAAACAGGAUAUCGAAAUUGUCGAUUAUGACUUCACCGAUGAGAAACACCGUGUUCACUUUCAAUAUCCUUAUGGAGCCACAUUAAAUGUCACCGAUCCAGCUAAUAUUCUUAUGACAACCGGACCAGUUGUGUACCCUUUUAAUCGACCCCUAGUUGGUUAUUAUCGCAGCGAGCGCAGCAGCAACAAUGGUAAAAUUCUUGCCAUCGGUUCAGGAUACAUCUGGCAUGAUAAGUAUCUGACAGAUAAAACAAAUGACGCCAUUUUGGAGUAUUUUCUUAAUCUCCUAUCGAAUGACGAUAUUCGAUUUACUGAUUUGGAUUUUAAUGAUGUUGAGAUAAAUGACACCAAAGUAUUUACGGAUAUCGCAUUCCUGUCGGAUUUGCCUCGACCAUGUUUGGUUGAUUCAAUUGGCACCGAAACUCCAUCGGACUUUAGACAAAUGUUCGAUAUGACACUGUUUUCGCUAAGCAAUCGCUUGCUGAAGGAUGUCAUAGAUACGUAUCGGCAAUUAAAUGUUAAAUAUGAACCUCUCAAGAUAAUUAAACCACAGUUUGAGAUAUCAUUACCUCCGUUACAGCUUGCGACAUUUCCACCGAUUUUCAGUGAACCACCAGCUCCACCAUUGGAACUAUAUAACUUGGAUGAGGUUUUUAGCUCAUCACGGUCACAACUGACACAAAUGACUGGUAAAUGUUUAUCCUCGAUACAAGCAAAGGAUCCACGGAAGCCAAUCAAUGCUAAGGAAUUGGAGAAUUAUAUUAAGGAAUGUGCAAGGAUAACGGGAAUUAAUACGAACGAUGGACGUGAGAUGUCGGCUAAGGAGAUUUUGAAUUUAAUUGCUGUGAAUAUUUGUAAUUUUAAACCUUAUUUGGAUGAAUAAAGAAAUUGAUAUAGGUACAUUAUAAA